GUCACACAGAAAUAGUCGAUCAGUAGAAACCUAAAAUCAAUUCUCUGAAACAAAAUGACGUGCGAAGUGCAGAAUUUCAUAGAUGGCAUGUCGCAGACUUUUUGUAAGCACAAAGAGAUGCGCAAAUGCCAAAUGCUCGAGAUCCUGGACAAAGUGCGCUCCUGCGAUUGCAGGCACAAAAAAAGGCUAAACAACUGCCGGAUGCUCAAGUCUGGACGCCGGCAACCCGCAUCCCAGGGCUGGACCCUCUACCUCGUCGCCGCCUGCUUCGGAUUGCUCCUGCUCAUGAUCAUCUAUGUGAUCCAUGUGGCCAGAAGGUACAAUCAUGUACGGGCCUACGGCAGCAGCGCCUGCGGAUCCACUUUGUUCUACAGCUACACGGACUGCGAUGUGUUCUACUAGGGAUUACUAACCAAGCUCACUUAUAUUUUGACUCAAUUGUUCAAUAAAGCUUUCCAAUAGCAUAUCCAUUGGAUGAAU